AUGCAAGUCAGAAAUAUUCAGAACAUAGCACCGAGUCUAACUGACAAGAGUAUAAAGAUAUACUAUGAACACGUUAUGAUGAAACCUACCAAAAUUCAAGAAAGUCAGUAUACUUAUGAAUAUCCAAGACACUGGGUAGAGUAUGUAGGAGGUGAGAAAGCUAUUGAAAUAAGACAAGUUAGAAGUAUUCCAGCAGGAAGGACAAUAUUAUUGAAGAACUUUAAUGUUUUGAGGUAUAAUGAUGAAACAAAGAAGCAAGAUAGUUUUCCUAUUGCUGUGUAUGUGAACCUAGACACAGGAGAUGACAUGAAAGUUUUUAACACAAAGCUUCAAACGGUAGUGAGAGAACAACUGACUGCGGAAGGGCAUCCAUUACCUUCAGAAGUUACCAUAGCAUAUAAUUUUGAAACAAAUGCAAUAGAUUUUAAAGUCGUCUCUGCAAAGAAGUCAGGUUUUACAUUUAAUGAAGCAGAUGUAUAUUCGAAUGAAAACUUCAAAGCUAUUGCAUGGUUAGAUAAUGACGAUUGCUUUAAGAAAAUAUUUAAAUUCAGUGACUCAACGAU